AGGGCCUGGUAUGAUAUUUCCUGUGAAUGGAACGUACCUUCAAAAUACCAAUUAUACACUAAAUACAUCGCGCAUGACAGUUGAUACAUUUUAUGAGAUCAUAUUCCGGGGAAUAAAGGGACAGAAUGAAGGUUUACGAUACUUUGAGCUUGAGCUGAUAGGAGCACAACCACCGCAGCCUAUUAUAAGAAUUGCUGACGGAACCCCGUUUGAGCCUUCGUUAGUGCCAUCUCAAUACGGACAGCUUUUGAGACCCAAUGCCGACAUACGUAUAAUUGGUGACUGCGUUCAACCGUGUAAUAUAUCAACGUACGAAUGGAAGUUAAGACCUGGGAAUGAAACGGAUUUCAACGAAGUAGCUUGGGAAGAGUUUAGCCACCAACCGACAGGAAUAACAACUGACACACUGUUUAUACCACGUGAGCUCAUUGAGUCUCGCCUGCCAGAUAUUUAUCGGUAUGAAAUUGAACUUCAACUGGUGGACUCGGAAAACGUUCGUGGUGUAGCAGCAAUCAAGAUUGCGAUCAAUUUACCACCAAGGGAUGGUACUUGCGAUUUAAUAUCUUCUUCUACCAUAUCGGUUGGAGAAGGCGUUAAUGUCACGUGCGAUAACUGGAAGGAUGAGCAUGGAAUUGCCACCUACACCGUUUACACUCGCAAUAGCCAAAUAUCGACCGACAGUCUGAUCAGUAUCCGUGAAUCCGGACAACUAACCAAUUUGAAGCUACCAAUGGGCCCCGAAUCGGACGAAUAUAAGUUGGAAAUUCUAAUCCAAAUAACUGAUAAUUUUGAAUCGUCGACAACAAAGUCAGUUGGAGAAGUCAUUGUAAGCGAUUUCACAAAUUGUUUUCUACAGCCGGCCACACACUGCAAAGGCCGACGGUUGGUCUUCGAUCGGCAACUUACGGUCUGAAGACGCGAUUUCAUGAAUGAAAUGCGACAGGGCGGGGCGCAAGCGACGGAUCGUUUUCGACGAUCCGGUCA